AUGGCAGAAAGACUGAAUAAACUACUUCCUAAGUUAAUAUCAGAACAUCAGAACAGCUUCACCCCUGGCAGAGAAAUCGCGGACAGCAUCAUACUUGUAUCAGAAGUAAUUCACACAAUGCACAAAGAAAAAAUGAGUGGUAUAGCUGUCAAAUUAGAUGUAGAAAAGGCUUAUGAUCAUGUAAUAUGGAGUUUUCUUGUUUGUGUGUUGGAUCGUUUAGGAUUUCCCUCCGCUUGGAUUGAAUGUAUCAAACAAUGCAUAUCUACGGUCAAAUUCUCAAUACUGGUAAAUGGAAAUGUUUGUGGAUUCUUCCCGGCUACGAAUGGAUUACGACAGGGCGGCCCUUUGUCUCCAUCUCUAUUUGUAUUAAUGAAUGAAGUACUCGGGAAACUUAUACAAAAGAGGCAUGUGAGGGGCGUUUGGAAGGGAAUUCGAGUGCAUGAACAGCUAGAUGCUAUUACCCACUCACAAUUAGCAGAUGAUACUAUGGUCUUCGGAGAAGCUACCUUGACUGAAGCUAAAACUAUUAUGGAAACUCUUCAUCUCUAUUCGGAAAGUUCAGGGCAGAUUAUGAACAAAGAGAAAUCUCAGCUCUUCAUUUUCAACACAAACAAGCAGACCCAAUCAAGAAUAUCCCGGUUAAUGGGAAUUAAAGUUGCGGAGCUUCCAUUAAACAUGUCUUGCUUCAAACUACCUGCGGCUGCUGGGAAAAAGCUGGAUAAUCUAUUGAGGAAAUUUGUAUGGGACAAUGCAAAAGAUACCAAUAGAAUUCCACUUAUCAGUUGGGAUACAAUGUGUCUCCAAAAGGAAUCGGGCGGUGUUGGGCUACAAAACAUUGCGCUUGAUGCCAAGCUAACCUGGAAGAUGUAUCGGGAACCCCAAAAGUUAUGGUGCUCAAUAUUCAGGAGGAAAUUUUUGGAUUCUAACGAGCCUAGCAGAAUUCUGACUAUUGCAAACUCGAUCAAGGACUCAGCCACCUGGAAUUUCUUGUGGGACUAUAGAUAUAUAAUAACAGAUCAUAUCUCAUGGCAAAUAGGAAAUGGGCAAUCAACAAAAUUCAGGUACGAUUCAUGGAAUGGGGAGAUGGCAAUUUGUGACUUAAUUAAAGAUCCGACAUGGAUACAAAUGGUUGAAUCCCAAUUGGGAUCGUUUGUAAAUAACUAUUUUGAGGAAGAUUUGCCUAACACGUCACACAGAAGAUGGAAGCGGGUGAACUUGGGGAGCUCAGACUCAAAUGAUUGCAUCUUUUGGUGCGGGUCUAAAACUGGAGAAUAUAAAGUCAACUUGUGA